AUGCUCCCCGCCCUGUGCCACGGAGAGGGUUCUCUUUACAAGGGAAUCCCGGCCGCAGAUGAGCACUCUCGUAGACUUGCUGUUCUCUGCUGUGGCGUUAAUCGCCAGCGAUGUUCAACAGGUGUAGCUUCGGCUGCUGCAGCCGGGGGGUUCGCCGGCGGAGUAUGUGGUGCUAUUAACAUGUACUGUCUGCAUCUGGAGGGCUAUGAGGCAACAGCAGCAGCUUCUGCAGGUCUGAGAGCAUCUGCAGGCAGCAGUAGUGGGAACCAUGAAACCUCAGGUCCUUCAGGCUCAGCCCUUCUGCUGCUCCUCCUUACUGGGGCUGAGGCAGGAUGGGUGGCCUUCUGUGAAGGAGCAAGGCAGCGAGUUUAUCCGUGCAGGGAAGAUGUUGAUAUUCCCAGUAGGCGAGUUUUGAUUACUGGUGCUACGGGACUUCUUGGCAGAGCUGUGUUUAAAGAAUUUAAGGAAAAUAAUUGGAAUGCAGUUGGCUGUGGAUUUAGAAGAGCUCAGCCUAGAUUUGAACAGAUUAAUCUUCUGGACUGUAUUGCAGUUCAUGAUAUUAUCCAUGAUUUUCAGCCUCAUGUUAUAGUGCAUUGUGCUGCAGAAAGAAGGCCAGAUGUUGUAGAAAGUCAACCAGAUGCUGCUUCUCAGCUCAAUGUGGCUGCUUCAGGGAACUUAGCAAAAGAGGCAGCUGGAGUUGGAGCAUUUCUGAUCUACAUUAGUACAGACUAUGUGUUUGAUGGAACAAGCCCUCCAUAUAAAGAGACUGAUGUACCAAAUCCCCUGAACUUAUAUGGUAAAACCAAACUGGAGGGUGAAAAGGCAGUCCUGGAGAAUAAUGAAGAUGCUGCAGUACUUAGGAUUCCUGUCUUGUAUGGAGAGGUAGAAAGACUGGAAGAAAGUGCUGUGACUGUUAUGUUUGAUAAAGUGCAGUUCAGUAAUAAAUCUGCCAACAUGGACCACUGGCAACAAAGAUUUCCUACUAAUGUCAAGGAUGUAGCAACUGUUUGCAGACAACUGGCAGAGAAGAGAAUGCUGGACCCAUCAGUAAGAGGAACAUUUCACUGGUCUGGCAAUGAACAGAUGACCAAGUAUGAAAUGGCAUGUGCAAUUGCAGAUGCUUUCAACCUUCCCAGCAGCCACCUGAGACCAAUUACUGAUUGUCCAGUUGUGGGUGCUCUUCGUCCAAGGAAUGCUCAGCUAGACUGUUCCAAGUUGGAGAUGCUGGGGAUAGGUCAGAGAACACCAUUUCGAGCUGGGAUCAAAGAAUCACUUUGGCCUUUCCUUGUUGAUAAAAGAUGGAGGCAGACAGUCUUCCAUUAGUUUGUAACUUUUUUUUAGUACAAGUAUGGUAUGUGGCACUUUUAUAAAAGAAAAAAAAUAGUUU